GAAAAAUUAUAAUGUAUGUAUAUUUCGUGUACAAUUAAUGUUUUAAUAUUAGUUUAUAUGUUCGGAUGUUUUUCACUAGUGCUGAGACAUAACAAAUCUAAUUUUUUAUCCUAUAAACCUUUUAGUCCGCCUCUUUUGUACGUAAAUAAUAAUAUUAUAAACAAUAAUUUAUUAUAUAAUAAAUUUUCUUCAAGAAAUCACCUGAAUUAUAAUAAUUUGUCUAAAAUGUCAACCGACGACAAAGUCACGGGCGACUGGGUUCGUAAACAGUUUAUUGACUAUUUUGUGUCAAAAAACCAUGUUCACUGGCCCAGCUCAUCGGUUCUACCACAUAAUGAUCCAACUCUGCUGUUUGUAAACGCCGGCAUGAACCAGUUUAAGGAUAUCAUCAUGGGUAAGAGUGAUGAGAAUUCUGAGUUUGGGAAGCUGAAAAUGGUUUGCAACUCCCAGAAAUGUAUCAGAGCAGGAGGAAAACAUAACGACUUGGAGGAUGUGGGCCAGGAUUGUUAUCACCAAACUUACUUUGAGAUGCUGGGAAACUGGAGUUUCGGUGCCUAUUUUAAACCAGAAGCAAUUUCUUACGCCUGGGAUCUGUUAACCAACGUGUAUAAACUGGACCCAAGCAGGUUAUAUGUAACUUAUUUUGGGGGAGAUGACAGCUGUGAACCUGACCAUGAGACUAGGGAAAUUUGGCUUAAAUUUCUCCCCUCCAAUCGUAUUUUACCGUUUGGAUCAAAAGACAAUUUCUGGGAGAUGGCUGAUACUGGCCCAUGUGGUCCCUGUACAGAGAUCCAUUACGACCACAUUGGAGGCCGUGACGCAUCAUCACUUGUUAACGCAGAUGAUCCCAACGUUGUAGAACUGUGGAAUAUAGUGUUUAUGCAGUAUAAUAGAAGUCGGAAUGGUGUUCUCGAAAGAUUACCGAAAGGAUGUGUAGAUACAGGAAUGGGACUGGAAAGGCUUUGUUCAGUAUUGAAUAACACUAACUCAAAUUAUGACACGGACUUGCUAAAUGAUGUUAUACUGUAUAUAAGUGAAUUGUUGCCUGAAUUGGAGAGUUAUAAGGGCGGAAAUUCUCCCUUAGACGUCGCAUACAGAGUAGUCAGUGACCAUAUAAGGUGCUUAUCAGUGGCAAUAUCUGAUAGAGUAUACCCAAGUAACGACGGCAGAGGUUACGUAUUACGCAGAAUCUUGAGGAGAGCGGUUCGUUACUGCAGAGACUAUUUUAAUACCCGGGAACCAUUUUUACAUAGGCUGGUCAGAAGUGUAUCUAAAUUACUGGGUCAUGCGUACCCUAAUUUAGUAACUGAGCGGGUUAACAUUGAGAGCGUAGUGUUUGAUGAGGAGAGGCUGUUUCUGCAAACCUUGGAUAAGGGAGUUGAGAAGUUUAAGAAAAUGGUUGCAAAGAGUGAAGUCAAAGUUAUUAACGGCCAGGACGCCUUCCUGUUAUAUCAAUCUUAUGGAUUCCCCCUGGACUUAACAAUGUUAAUGGCCAGGGAGUUGGGCAUAGGAGUGGAUGUUAUUGGUUAUUAUACUGAGUUGAAACUACACCAACAGAAGUCAGAAGCUAGAAUCUACACUGACUUCAACAGUGUAGAAAGCAGGUGUGACAGGCUUUUGAAAUCUCUGUCAGCGGACAGAAUUAACACAAUAUUGCAAAUGUGUAACAAUGUGUACACUGAUGACAAGCUAAAGUACGACUGGGAUAGCAGUGAUCCAGUACGUAAGGUAUUCAAAGCCAAGUUACUGUCUAUAGUAACCGCUGACAGUAUACUGAAAGAAUUAGAGUAUGAUAGUGAUGAUUUGGUCUGUUUGGUAACCGACAGAACACCUUUUUACGCAGAAGGAGGUGGACAAAUAUAUGAUACAGGAUACAUCAACGAUUUAGAAGUUUUAAGAGUUUACAAACUCUCAGGCCUGGUCUUUCAUUUCUGCCUGGCAGACGAGAGUGGAUUGUUGAGAUGUGGAGAUGAGUGUGAAUUAAAGGUUGAUUAUCACCGAAGAGUUAAGGUUGCAUCAAAUCACACUGCAACCCACAUUCUGAACUUUGUUCUUCGAGACAUAUUGGAAGAGAGUUCGUAUCAGAGAGGAUCACAGCUUGACGAGGAGAAGCUCAAGUUCGAUUACUCGUAUGGACAGCAGUUGCCGGAUAAUUUGAUCCGUCAAGUGGAGCAGAGGAUGAUGGAGUUUGUGCGUUCAGGAGCACCUCUAAGAACAACAGAAAUUGAGUAUAAAAAGGCGCUUGAGAUUCCAGGAAUCAGAGCAAACUUUGAUGAAAAGUAUCCUGAAGUAGUUAGAGUUGUUAAUGUCCAGAUGGGCUCAGAAGAUUUUAGCGGAGAACACACAUCGACAGAAGUGUGCGGCGGAACACAUCUAACCAACACCAAGACAAUACAAGAUGUUGCUGUGGUUGGAGAGGAGGGAAUAUCGAAAGGAGUUAGAAGAUUAACGAUAGUAACUAAUGACCAGUGCAGAAGAAGCAGAAUUGAUUUGUUAAAUUAUUAUCAGAGGUUAGGAGACUUGGAGAAGAGUUUAAAGCCAAUCAACUUCACAAAAGAUGACACGAGAGAGGCCUCAGAAAACGCCUCAGAAAACAUGUCCAAACUGACAGCUCUUAGAGGAGAAGUUGAAGUACACAAAAUGCUCCCACUACUUUCAAAAAGAAAUUUAAUGAAAAAGUUUGAAGAACUCAUAGAUUUACAGGUAUCUGCUGGAAAAGCACAUCAAAAAAGACUGGCUAACAUAGCUAAAAUUAAGGCAGUGGAGGUGGUAGAGAAAUUACAGUCACAGAAGUAUGAUGGAAUGGAGUUUAUAGAGAAGACUUCAGAGCAUCCUGCAGUACUCAGAGCAGCUGUCGAUGACCUUGAAGGCGAUUUAAAGUCACUUAACGUCUUUGUGCAAACAGUUUCGAAGACGUUUCCACAGCUUGCAGUCGUUGCAUCAAGUAUGGGAAACAACGCGGUCUGCUGCAGAGUUAACAGCCCAAACGCAUCCUACAGCGCCCUAAAAGCUGCUAACCUUAUCGCAAAACAACUGCAUCUUUCUAACGGAACAGAAAUAGCAAAGGGGUCAGACACAAACGCAAUGUGGAGUCUACAAAUAUGAUUCAUUAACGAAUAUUCCUAAUAUGUUUAUAAUA